GAUCACGCCUCUCGUUUAGCGUUUAUGUGUAUGUUAUUUUCAACUUAUAAAGUCGAGAAAGAUUAUCUUGUUCUGAUUUUAAUCGGGUUCAUUUUGAGCCUGAUUUUUGUUGUUUCGGUAAAAAAUCACGAAAGGUUUUUUUAACCAGUGUUGCUCAAAAUUUUCAUUCAAAUCAAAACUACUAUUACACCAUUAAUUUAGACUUGAAUUUUUUUUAAAUAAAUUAAAACAACUCAUUUGCAAUUAGCAGUUUUAAUCAAUAAAUUUUCAAAUUGCCAUGAACUCAUCCGGAGCAUCGGUAGUUGUACCACGAAAUUUUCGUCUCUUAGAAGAAUUGGAACAAGGACAAAAAGGUGUUGGUGAUGGGACCAUUUCUUGGGGUCUUGAAGAUGAUUCCGAUAUGACUUUGACAUAUUGGACCGGUAUGAUAAUUGGACCACCCAGGACACCAUAUGAAAAUCGAAUUUAUAGCUUAAAAGUUGAAUGUGGUUCAAAUUAUCCGGAAGAUCCGCCGAACGUUCGUUUUAUGUCGAAAAUCAAGAUGAAUGGUGUCAAUGAUUCAAAUGGAGCUGUCGAUCGUCGUGCCAUAUCUGUGUUGAAUCGAUGGCAACGUAACUAUUCAAUCAAAACCAUAUUGCAAGAGCUUCGACGAGCAAUGACAUUAAAAGAAAAUAUGAAACUUAAUCAACCACCUGAAGGAACAACAUUUUAACAAAAACAAAAGCAAUUCAA